GGCGCGGCUCAGCCUUCCUCCGUCUGGCGCGGAGCGGCUCCCGGCGUAGCGGGCCGCCCCGGGUUGCCGGCGCGACGUUUCCCGCGCCGGGAAGGGCUGUUGCUGUUGCUGCCGCCGAGGCGUGCGAGAGCAGGCAGCUGCCUGGUCCUGCGUGAGGGAGCAAACCUAACUGGCCAGGCCCGGCCCACGGCGUGUGGGUGCGGGCAGCUGCCUGUUGCAGGCAGAGGGAACAAACUGAGCUUGCCGGGCCGGGUCCGAGGCGUGUGGGUGCAGGCAGCUGCCUCCCCGGUGUGAGGAAGCACACGGCGGCCUAGGCCUCCUGCGUGCCCAGCUGCCGGGGGCUGCGGUCACCCCCGGCAUGAGCCCCCCCAGCCGGGGCGGGAGGGUGAAGGUGGGCGUGGAGGUGAACCUGAAGGGGCCGAUGGCCAAGAUGGCCGGGGCCGAAUGCGGAUUUUGGCAGACUGGCUAGUUAAGAAGGGGAAGUAAAACGUUUGGCUGGUCCCAUGCCAGGGACCUGAACGCAGAGUUACUGUAGCGAAGGCAGCCAGGUCAGGAAGGCAGCGGCUGGGGCACAGAGCUGCAGGGUGACCGGGAAGUAGUCGUUGGCCUACAGCACGGUUCCCCAGACUGCUACAGAACGCUGUGAAAUUAUCAUCGGUGGUAAAUACAGGUUCAAGAAACAUGACGACUUUAGGGAUUAUAUUGAGACGUUUUUGAUGGUUUUGUGUGAUGUAACCAGGAUAAAUACAAGGAGUGGUUUUGCAAAGUGGACAGUAAUGGAGUAUAUGAGCACGGGUAGUGAUAGCAAAGAGGAGAUUGACUUGUUGCUAACUAAUUUAAAUAUGUCUGAGGUGAUAGACAUCAUGGAAAACCUUUAUCCAGGUGGAGACCUUGCAGUCUAUGAAGACAGCUUGAUUACAAUGUGUGAAGAGGCAAAUCAAAAUGAAGAACGUGCAGAAUCCUUACUGUUUUGUGAAAGGGAGGUUUCUUUGAUGUCCUCUGUCAAAUAUGGGACUGUGGAAGACCUGCUUGCUUUUGCAAAUCAGGUGUCUAACACUUCAAAACAAUUUAAAGGAUGCAGACAGCAAGAAUCUGGAAUCCUUUUGAAUAUGAUCACACCCAAGAAUGGGCGCUAUCAAAUUGACUCAGAUGUGCUCCUGUUUCCGUGGAAGCUGACUUACAGGAACAUUGGCUCUGAUUUUAUUCCUCGGGGAGCUUUUGGGAAGGUGUACUUAGCCCAAGAUAGAGAAACCAAGAAACGAAUGGCAUGCAAACUGGUCCCAGUGGAACAGUUCAAACCAUCGGAUGUUGAAAUACAGGCAUGUUUCCGUCACGAAAACAUUGCUGAAUUAUACGGUGCUAUUUUGUGGGAUGAGACGAUCCAUCUCUUUAUGGAAGCCGGAGAGGGAGGAUCUGUCAUGGAAAAGCUGGAGAGUUGUGGUCCUAUGAGAGAAUUUGAAAUCAUUUGGGUGACAAAGCAUAUUCUGAAAGGACUUGACUUUCUCCACUCCAAGAGGAUUAUCCACCACGAUAUCAAACCAAGCAACAUUGUCUUUAUGUCAACUAAGGCUGUUUUGGUGGAUUUUGGCCUAAGUGUUCAAAUGACUGAAGACAUUUACUAUCCCAAAGACCUUAGAGGAACAGAGAUUUACAUGAGCCCUGAAGUUAUCCUCUGCAGAGGCCACACAACAAAAGCGGACAUCUACAGCAUGGGAGCUACUAUUAUUCAUAUGCAAACUGGCAUCCCGCCCUGGGUGAACAGAUAUCCACGUUCUGCAUAUCCAUCCUACCUCUAUAUUAUACACAAACAAGCUCCCCCCUUAGAAGACAUUGCUGAAGACUGCAGCACUUCCAUGAGAGAGUUGCUAGAAGCAGCUCUAGAAAGGAAUCCUAAUCAUAGGCUGUCUGCAGCAGACUUACUGAAGCAUGAAGCCUUACACCCACCCCCAGAAGAGCAGCCGCGGUGCCAGAGUCUGGAUUCGGCAUUGUUUGAAAGGAAAAGACUGCUUGCAAGGAAGGAGCUGCAGUUGCCAGAAAACAUUACAGAUUCCUCAUUGUGUACCGGGAGCAUGGACGAGUCGGACCUGCUAAAGAGGCAAAGAUCACUCUAUAUAGAUCUUGGAGCUCUAGCUGGUUACUUCAAUAUUGUUAGGGGACCACCAGCCUUAGAAUAUGACUGACUCAGUAACAUUUUAUGUUGGCAGGUCAGAAGUGGACCUCUACCUCUUAAAACUUGAUUUUAAGACUUGAUUUUCAAAUUUGUACAUAAAAAUAUUGCCAUUGUAGGCUGUAAAAUGUGAAUAGUGUUUAAUUGCACAGAUGAUUAAGCUAAACCCUUAGGGGCUCUGAUAAGCUGAUCCCAAGCAACGAUAUUUGUGCGUCUGCUGGUUGACCAACAAGAAGAUGGCAAAAAGAACACUGCUGGGAAUGUCUUAAUCCGGGAUAUCUUCCUGUGCUGGGCCUUGCACUUUCAUAAAACUUGUAAUAUAUGCUUGAAAAUACUGCCAUGAAAAAAAAAAAAAAUUGAGCAUGUGGGCUGUAAGAUUCAGUCUCUCUGAGUUGUCCUUAGAGAAAACCUUCCAAAAAAAAAAAGUUCUUGAUUUAACUCAUCAAAGACUUGUUCAGUCUUGUUCUGUCUUUGAGACUUGGCCAGUCUCUGGUCAUUCUUAAUGGAAAUCAGGGCCUCCCUUAAGCUGAGCUAAUUUCUAUCAGUUAUCUCUGUAGCCAAAGCAUCACUUGGUUACAGAUGUGUUUUAACUCUGCAUCUUCCCUGGGCUGUCAGAGCUAAGCAGGGCGCUGUCCCCCUUCUCCGUGGGUGGAGGGAAUCCUUCACUGGCUAUAUCGGUUAGCUUUGGUAAUAGCACAGCAAGCUGGCCCUGACAAAGCAUGACAGUGAUUCCACCUGCUUCCUAUGUUACAGCUACUGCAAGGAUAUAUUGGGUAGUUUUCAAGGGUAGAUCAAAUGUUAUUCCCUAUUGGUAACAGUGGGCAGGCUCCAGACUCUUGCUUUUUAAUACUUUAAAAUUGUACAUGCGUAUAAUUGCCGUGAGUGCUAUGGUUUGGAAAGCAUGUCAUUAGUGACAAGCUGUGUUUAUGUUCCUAUGGAAAUGGAAUUAUAUUGUUCUUGCUGUGCCUCAUACAUUUGAAACAUGAUGUUUUGGAUGAUAGUAAAACUAUGUAAACUGCAUAGUUCUGUACAUCCCAUGGGAUGAGAACGUAAACUUUUAUAAAACUCUCUUUGAUGCUUAGGAUGACUCUUUAUAAGCAUUUGUGUUAAAAUGGCAUACUAUGUAUGUUGUAUACUGAAUCUUUUCUGAAGCACAGUCUCUUUUUCAUAUGUCUAUUAUUUAAUGCUGUUCCUGUCUAACACAUAACCUUAAACAGAUGAUUUCUAGUUUGAUACUGAUAUGGUCAAAUGAAUAAAUCCAGCUCAGUGCCUUGA